GACAUUAACAUAAUCAGUGGAAAAGAUGCUCUUAACAAACACGCACUAGGAAAAUUUCAUCAACAAAAAAUUAAAUUGCUUUCUAAGCAGAAAACACUACAAGAAUUUGCGACAGCAGGACUUCCCCCCCAAAUUCAAUUAGAAAAUAAAAUCAAAGAAGGUAAGUUUAAAAUGACUUUGUGUAACAGAAAUAUAAUUCUUUUCUUUUUCUUAGGGGACAUACGGUUAAGUGCAUUUGUAGCCGAACACAAUAUUCCCUUCGCUGUAAUGGACCAUUUAAUAAAAUUAUUUCCGAAAAUUUGCGAUGACUCAAAAAUUGCCAAAGGGCUGACAUGUGGAAGAACAAAGACCACAGCCAUCGUAAAAAAUGUUUUAAACGGCCCACACACGUAACGAUUUGUCGUACUGCACGCCGAACUACAGAUUGGAGAGAAAAUCGUAGGAAUUGCAGUACUGUCGUUUUCUCUACACACGGUUCAAACACAUCGGACUACAGUAGUUACGAUUAUUGCAGUAGUUGUCUCGAUGAGUAUGAACUACACACGUUUAUGUAAUAAAAUGGCAAAAAGAAAAGCUGCCGCACUUGUAAUUGCAGUAUUAUUGCUUGAUGAAGAUGACGAAUGUAAAGUAAUUAAAAAGAAAAAAUGGUGUAAGAAAUGGUUGCUGGACAGAAACAAAUACUCACACAUGAAGUUGUUAAAAGAGCUUGAACAAGACGAGCCUACUGAUUUUAAAAAUUAUUUAAGAAUGGAUUCUGAUACCUAUAUGACUUUAUUGACUUUAAUUUCGGAAAAAAUUACGAAGCAAGAUACUAUUAUGAGAAACGCGAUACCUGUAGAAGAAAGAUUGGUCGCCACAUUAAGGUAUUUAGCAACAGGAUGUUCUUAUGAAGAUCUUAAGUUUAGAACAGGAAUGUCACCUCAAGCACUAAGUAAAAUUAUUCCUGAAACCUGUGAAGCUAUAUAUAGUGCACUGAAAAAGAGUUAUUUAAAGGUGCCAUCAACAGAGGCUGAGUGGCAAGAAGUCAGCAGAGGAUUCCAGAAUCUUUGGCAAUUUAGUAACUGUUUGGGCGCAAUCGAUGGAAAACAUAUAAAUAUAACAAAACCGGCCGGUAGUGGAUCAUACUUCUACAACUACAAGGGAACAUAUAGCGUAGUACUAUUUGCUAUAGUAAAUGCAAAUUAUGAAUUUAUAUAUGUUCAUACUGGAACAAAUGGUCGAGUAUCUGAUGGGGGAAUAUGGUCACAAACAAGUAUUUACAAAAAUCUACUCGCUAAAAAGCUAAACAUACCCAACCCUACCAAAUUGCCAGGAAUGGAAGAAAAAGUACCUUAUGUUUUCAUUGGAGAUGAGGCAUUUCCACUAAUGGAAAACCUUAUGAAACCAUAUUCACAAAGAAACAUAACGUAUAAUGAAAAAAUAUUUAAUUAUCGUUUAUGUCGAGCUCGCAGAGUUGUAGAAAAUGCAUUUGGAAUUUUAGCUUCAAGGUUUCGAAUAUUUCUACAACCUAUUAAUAUUAGCGUGGAUAAAAUUGAUAUUAUAAUAUUGGCAAGUUGUGCUUUGCAUAAUUUUUUGAGGAAAACAUCUAAUAGUAAUUGUAUAACUGAACAAUGUAUCGACCGUGAAGAUUUUAACAAUGGCAAUAUAAUACCAGGGCAAUGGAGACAGCAAACUGGUAACAAUCCCAUCCAUUUGGAAAAAACCAAGAUGAAAAACGUCAGUUCUGUUACAAAAAAUGUAAGAGAAACCUAUAAAAAAUAUUUUAAUACUGUCGGUAGUGUUUUUUUCAAGACCGUAUGGUAAAAUAAUAAAUAGAUAACUGGAAUUGUAACAACUAAUACAAAAUAUACGUUAAUAAAACUUUAAUUAUACAUCA